AUGUAAGGCUCUUUUUAAUUGAAGGAAGCUCUAGCUGACAUCUUUGGUUAAGUCAAAGAUAUAGAUGAAUAAAUAUUUGGUGUCUUAUUAGAAAAAUUAAGAAAGGAAAAAGUUUAAGAUUGCUUUGAAUAUCUUUCUGAUCAAAUAAAUUUAGGAUCAUAAAUUUUAUAACAAUAAGGGAAUACCAGCUAAACUAAUUCAGAAUAGAAAUUGUAUGUUAUUGUAAAUGAAAUAAAAUAAAUUACAGAUAUACUAAGAAAAUUAAAAGAUCACAACUUCAAUUCUUAAGACUUUUCCUCUGAAGAAAAUGAAGAAUUUAAAUAAGGUCUCAUCAAUAGAAUCCAGGAUAAUAGAAUGAUCAUAAAAUUUCUGUAAUUUUUAGUUAACCUAACAUCUAUUGACAACACAUUAAUCUAAUGUGUAUCUAAUUCUUUACAUAUGUUAGUUUAGAUGAAGGUGGAACUCAAGAACCAAUCUUUAGAAAAUAUAAGGAUCUAGAAUACAUCUUUAAUUGGAGGUAACUUUGUAUGAUGCAACUUAAAUGGAUUGGAAUUUGUUAAUGUAGACAUCAGUGGAGUGAAAUUGAAUGGUGCAUAACUAUUCAAUUGUAAAUGGAGGAACAUUAAAAUCCAUGAAUUGAAUAAAUUAUUAGAUGAUCAUAGUAAGUGUAUCAGAUCAGUCUGUAUUUCUCCGGAUGGAAUUACAUUAGCUUCUGGUAGUUAGGAUAACUCUAUCCGUCUAUGGGAAAUCAAAAACAAGUAUUGUUCAGAUUAUAGAUUUAAAGAAAUUUAGGUUAAAAAUACAAGAUAUCCUUUUUUUAACACCCCUUUGAAGUAAAAGAAUAUUAUUUAAAAUUUAGAUACAUCUAAUAUUAUGGUUUACCCAGACUUCAAUUAAAAUGGAAAUUAAUUUAACACAUUUUAAAAUAUUAUGAAAUUGAACUUUUAGUUGCAUGA